UGGUAAAAAUUUUGCAACAAUGGGGGCGUGGCCAUUUUAUGUAAAUAGGACCGUCUGUAUAAAUUCGAACAAAACGGCAGUUUCCCGAGUUCGCGCCCCGUAUAUCACUGCGUCGCGAAUGUUUACAACCGUCGGGCGAGCCAUCCAACCAUUUCUCGGUCGCUGAUUGGUUCCGUAGACCGUGGGAAAGCUUACGGAGAAAAUAAAGAAAAAGUCUAACCGCUGAUAGUGAUACGAAAUGGCCAAGACGUUAGUGCGAGUCGGCCCGCUGGCAUAAUUGUGCGUUGUGCCAUCCACUAUCGAUCACUAGUGUCUUGGACAAGACUAACUCUGACUCUGUGCCAAAUUCCAUGCUUGUAUCAUCAAAGGCACAAUCCCAUCAACUACAUGUCUCUGCCGUACUGAUAGUGUUUCUUUCGAACACACAUCAUUAUAAACAAAGUGCCUUCCAACAAGCUGGAUGUGUUAAAAUACUGUUUCGGUUUGGAUCGGCAGUCAAGUUGUUUCGAUCGUUUAUAAGGAAGUCGUUGUAAGCUAUCAGGCCACUUUGUCAGCAUGGAGGAUUCGCGGCAGGUUGUGCAGGCUAAAAGUCCGGCUUGGCCCAGAGCCUUGCUGGCUUCGUGGACACUUCUCGGCGUCUUCAAAGGACGACAGAUUGACGCCACCAAACCAUGCAUGUUGUGCAGCCCUGCAGGAUCCAACGGGGACAAAUUGGAUGAGGAUGCGCAAGCGCAACGUGACAAGGAAAUGGAUGAAAACGCCAACCUUCCCGUUAGGGACAACAUAACGACUGAAGAGAGUCUAGACAGUAGAUGUCCUGUGUGCUUGAGCCUUCUGUGGAAUGCAGAUGGAAUGGUGGUCAGCGAUUACACUGACGCAGUUCCACGAUGGGUGAACAAUCGUCUCGUUGGUUCCCUGUCGUUGCUGUUUGUUUCUCUGUACUUGGUGUGUUGCGUGGGAACCCUUGGUUGGUAUUUCUACGAGUUCUGGGGUGACCUUCGACAAGUCACACACUUUGUGUCGUUUCUGUCCUACGGUGGUAUCCUGCUAGGGGUCGCCUGGGUGUGCACGGCUUCCAAUGUCCUGCAGUAUGUCCGUCGGGCGCCAGGGAACAGUUGUCGCUGGUACAACGUGCUCCACGCUGAUUACAUUGCACGUCGGCUGCGAUGCUUGACUGGUCGUAAGUUCCGGUUACCAGCGUCGAUGUUCCUCACUCUGAGUAUAUUAUGGGCGGUCGUGAAUGUCGCUUUUCAAGUGGUCAGUUUGGUUCAAUUUCUCAAUUCUGGUAAUUUGAAACCUGAGAAGAUGAGCUCGAAUACGACCUGUCCAACUGUAGUUCCUCAGACCGCCGAAUACGCUGUUUUUGUGUUCGUGAAGACAUUUUUGGGCAUGGUCAUAGCGGCAAUCGGUCUGCCGAUCUACGCAGCCUUUUGGCACUACGUUCUGGUUAUGCGGAAAGGUCUUACAGCUGAACUGAACCUGGUAUUGGUGUUCGUCAAGAACAACGAAGGAAGGGUAGACUGGUGUCGGCGCCGAGUGGUUGAGAUCCACCGUGAAGUGAGUCUGCUCCGCCGCAUCUUGGUACGCCUCAUGCCGUUCAUUGUGGCUACGGGAGUCUUGGGCUUGACUGUGCACAUCAGUUGGAACUACAAUGUGUACAGUGACAGCGAGCACGAGAAAUGCCAGAAGAAUCUGGCCAAAGACAAUCUCAUCAUCAACAUCUUCAUCUUCAGUGAGAAAUUCAUGGUCUUGUUCCUGCCUCUCCUAGCGGUCGGUGGCCUCAACAUAGACCACAUCUGGCAGCAGUUCACAUACGCCCUCUCGCGGCUGAAGAACAGCGAUCACGAGGAAUUCUGGGAUCGCUUGAUGCACUUCACCAAGGAACUUGACCCGGAGCAUAAAGACAUCGAUUUGACGGUCGUCUUAGCAGUCGUCAGUUUGUAUCUUGGCCGCAAUUUGACUGGACAGCAACUCGAUUACACCAAGAGUGGCGCGUGAGGAACUGAAUCAAGACUUGAAAGUAGACUAAACGAACAUUAGGCAGUGGCCGUGUAGACUAUAAAUUAUAUAAGGACCGUAAGCUUCAGCUUGAACCAAUAAUAGUUAUGCUAGAUUUGUAAAUAAAGUUACUACCUGUUUUCACAUGCAACAUAGAGGGCGCUUUGUAAAAGAAAUAGAGGGCGCUUUCUAAAAGAAACAGUACAUUUUGAUGAGUUGAUAGUAUUUCACUGACGAAGUAUACUCAUGCUCUCACAUUUUAGUCUACCAGUUAUUUUCUUGCUUUUAGUUACAAAACUUCCUUCUUCGAAGGCCAAAUGAAGUUAAUUUCUACUUGAAGCAUGUAUAUAAAUUAAUCGACAAAAUUGUAUCGUGUUUUUAAUACGGAAUAGACAAUUGAAAACAUUGAGGUGAAUCGGCCAGUGCCAUAUAUUGUAAUAUUUUGGCAACCUCAAAAUCAAGGCAGAAGGAAAUCCGAUUUUAUUUUGGAAAUGAAAAGGGAACAAAAGUGUAAAUGAAAAUCACGUAAUUAGAAAGUACGUUUUUGUUGAUUUGUAAAUAUUUGUAACAUAAAAAUUAAUUGAUUAAUGUGUGAUUAUUAGACUUUUUAUCAUUAUAUUAUUUUAUCAUCAUUUUAUAUUAUAGUUUGAUGGCAGUGAUGUAGACUACGCAUUAUAAGUUGUAUACCUGGCAUAUCUUGUAUCUCAUGUGAAUUAUGAUAACCAAGCGGAGUUGAUAACAAUGAAGAAUAUUAUUGUAAAGACAGUUUUUAAUCGAUCCCACUUUAUAAGCCAUUUGUACGAUACAUGUGUUUAACUUCAUUUUAGAUAAUCGCUCGAUAUUAAGGUGUAACGUAAUUUAAGUUAUUUGACAAUGUUAAUAGUAAUUGCUUUGACACCAUCGCUCGGCUCUCAUUGCUCAUGCACCUAACAGUGUAAACCUUCAAUGGGCCUUAUUCACAAGUCGGCCAUAUUGGAUUGAGAGUGAUGUAAAAUCUUCAUUUUUGGAACUUGUGUAGAGAAAUAAAAGCUAUGACGUUACAAAUAAAA